GUUAUUGAAAAAAAGUUUAGACUUUACAAUUGCGCAUUAAUAGUCAGUUCUGUGUUCAUACGUUUGUUCGUUCAUAUCAGUGUUGUGUCUUUUUGAUGUCCAUCUGUGUCUUUAUGUGCGUAUAUGUCUCUGUGUUUAUAUGUCUGUGUGUGUUUAUGUGAAAAUUUGUGUUUAGUGCUUAACAAUUGCGACGAGAAGAAAACAAAAAGUUUCAUGCCGAAAUUACCAUCAUCAUCAGCAAAACACGAGAAAUUUGCAUAAAAGCCUUUACCAAAUAGGGGUUGCUCAUAACUCAAUGCCCCUUUAACUCACCCAAGAGACUCUUAAAAUAGACAUCCAUUAUGGGAAUUUAAAUCUAUUUCAAUUAUAACAUUUGUAAUUGAAUUUUGAGUAUUGAAAUUAUCAUGGCCAAACUGCAGACUAGUGAAUAGUUGACACGCGAAUUAAAACACAGCCUACAUUGAACAUUGCAAUUGACCAUAAAUUGAUCUUUUUGUGUAUUGAGUGAAUAUUUGUAUUAAAUAAAUUGAUGUGUUAUGUGUAAAAUUCAAAUAUAAAAAAUCGUAAAUGUCCAUUGCUGUGUAUUUGUGCUCUCUUAACUAAAUUGAACGGAAUUUUUGUGUUUUAAUGACCACUAUUUUGGAAGAUCGUGUUGAUAAUUUUUAAGCAAGGUGUAUCGCAAACUGAAGUCCAACAUGAAUUACCAAAAAGCCAAAUCCCGUCAUUUUCCUGCCAAUGGCUUAAGUUCAGUCAAUCAAUCGUCUUCAUCGACUGAUACCCGCAACAUUUAUAAUAAUCCUUAUACUUCCACCUCAAUAUCGUCUGCAUCCAUGCAGCAGUCACAACCGCAUCAACUUCAACAACAGCAGCAACAACAACAACAAAUGCGUCAUCAACAAUUAUCUCAACAUGUCUACAAAUCCAUAGCCGGUAGCACUGGCAGUGGUAGCCCCUACGAUUAUUCAACUCCAAAUCCAACGGAUCAACAGGCAGCAGGUGUGUCCAAUAAUCACCAUAUAACUGAUGCAGAAAAUGCUUUUCUCAAUCAUAAUAACGGUAAGAUUGUCUCGUUUAUUAGUGACAGCUGACUUUAUUGCGGCAUCAUUUAGGCGGUAAGUUAUAAAACACCUCAGCUAUCAA